ACCGCUGAGGACGGAGCCAGUUUCACUUCAGCAGCUGCAGCAGAGCCGGUCACCAUGAGUCUGGACGAGGACGCUCGCUGGCUGGAGUGGGUCACCAAACAGUUCGAGAGCAUCGCAGGAGACGAUAAGGAGAUCGACCUCGAUGAGUUCAAAACAGCUCUCAAGGUCAAAGAGUCUUUUUUUGCCGAGCGUUUCUUUGCUCUGUUUGACUCGGACGGCAGCAGCUCCAUCAGUCUGGAAGAGCUGCUGAAAGCUCUGGACCUCCUCAUCCACGGCAGCGAGACCGACAAGCUCAAGUUCCUGUUUCAGGUCUACGAUGUGGACGGCAGCGGUUCUAUCGAUCCGGACGAGCUGAGAACGGUUCUGAAGUCGUGUCUGCGUGAGAGCGCCAUCUCUCUGCCGGAGGAGAAGCUGGACGACCUGACGCUGGCCCUGUUCGAGUCGGCUGACAGAGACAACAGCGGCGCCAUCACCUUCGAGGAGCUUAAAGCUGAGCUGGAGACCUUCCCUGAGGUGAUGGAGAACCUCACCAUCAGUGCUGCUAACUGGUUGAAGCCUCCUGAUCUGGAUCAGAAGAAGCGUCAGACUCCCCGGUACCUGACUCGAGCCUACUGGCACAACAACAGUCGUAAGCUACUGUUCCUGUGCGUGUACGCCUGCCUCAGUCUGCUGCUGUUCGUCGGAGCCGUGCUGCAGCACAGCCACGGGGGGGCCUGGUACAUGGUGGCCAAGGGCUGCGGACAGUGCCUCAACUUCAACUGCACCUUCGUCAUGGUGCUGAUGCUGCGUCGCUGUUUAACAUGGCUGAGGGCCACGUGGGUGGUGAGGGUCUUACCUCUGGACCAGAACAUCUUACUGCAUCAGAUCGUGGGCUACGCCAUCCUCUGCUUCACGCUGGUGCACACCACCGCUCACAUCUUGAACUUCGCCCAGCUGUCAGAGAGCGGUGAGUACGGUCUGUGGGAGUACCUGCUGACCACUCGGCCGGGGAUCGGCUGGGUGAAGGGAACGGCUUCGGUGACCGGAGUGAUUCUGCAGGUCGUGAUCUGCCUCAUGGUGCUCUGCUCCAGCACGUUCGUACGACGCAGCGGACACUUUGAAGUGUUUUACUGGUCUCACCUGUCCUAUGUCUGGGUCUGGUCUCUGCUCAUGAUUCACUGUGCAAACUUCUGGAAGUGGUUCUUGGUCCCAGGACUGGUUUUCCUGCUGGAGAAGAUUGUGGGAAUCGCUGUUUCUCGUAUGGGAGGUCUUUACGUCGUGGAGGUGAACCUGCUGCCGUCCAAGGUGACUCAUCUGGUGAUCAAGCGUCCACAGUUCUUCCAUUUCAAACCCGGAGAUUACGUCUACAUCAACAUCCCAGUGAUAGCCAAGUACGAGUGGCAUCCGUUCACCAUCAGCAGCGCUCCAGAACAGUCAGAUACCCUGUGGCUGCACGUCCGCUCGAUGGGUCAGUGGACCAACCGACUGUACGAGUACUUCAGACAACCAGAGAGUCGGCCCGUCACCCCCAAGACACUGGCCACCAGCCUGAGGAACCGCAGACAACUGAAGGCCCAGGAGGAGUUGUUCAGCUCUACAGACUGUAACAGAGCUGUAGCGUCUAAUGAGGAUGAUGCCAUCGAGCUGACGAUGUACCGACAGAACGGCUCCCGGUCCGGUGUGGCCCCGGUGUCGGUUUCUGGGGCUCAGGGGCCGGCGGAGCCUCUCCCAGACGAGCUGGGGCCGGCAGAGAGAGGAGAGGCUCCUCCGCUCAGGGAGAUUUCUGCCAAGUUUGGUGAAAACCACCGUUUCUGCAACAUCAAGUGUUACGUAGACGGACCAUAUGGGACUCCAACGAGACAGAUCUUUGCCUCCGAACAUGCUGUCCUGAUCGGGGCCGGUAUUGGGAUCACACCCUUCGCUUCUAUCCUGCAAAGCAUCAUGUACCGAUACCGCCGGAGGAAGCAGAACUGUCCCAACUGUAACUACUCCUGGUGUGAAAACAUUAAAGACAGCGACAUGAAGCUACGCAAAGUGGACUUCAUCUGGAUCAACAGAGACCAGAAGUCGUUUGAAUGGUUUGUUAGUCUACUGACCAAACUGGAAAUGGACCAGGCUGAUGAGGAGCCAGAAGGCCGGUUCCUGGAGAUGCACAUGUACAUGACGUCAGCUCUCAGUAAGAACGAUAUGAAGGCCAUCGGCCUGCAGAUGGCGCUGGACCUGCUGGCCAAGAAGGAGAAAAGAGACUCCAUCACUGGACUGAGGACCAGAACCCAACCUGGAAGACCUGAGUGGGGGAAGGUGUUUCAGAAAGUGUCUGAGGAGAAGAAAGGGAAGGUCCACGUGUUUUACUGCGGCGCUCCGGCUCUGGCUAAAGUCAUCAAAGCUCAGUGUGAACACUUUGGCUUCAACUUCUACAAGGAAAACUUCUGAGGGGGUUUCCUGCUGUUCAGCACGCAACUCCUGCUGUACCAUCCUGUGUGUGUGUGUGUGUGUGUGUG